GUCAGGCAGCACCUGCUGUGCGUAAUGGCCUGUUUUUCACUCGGCCGCAAAUAUGAUUACUUCAACAAAAUCCGGAUUUGGGCGAAAUCAGGUCUAUUUUUAGUUUGAGGCCAGGCUGCAGCGCUCGGGAGGGGGGAGCGUGCGUGGCUCGAUGACCCCCAUCAAUCUGCCACGAGCCGGAGUGUGACAAUGGCAUUAUCAUACCAAUACACCAUUCAGCCCGAGCCAAUCAGAGCGCAGCGCUUUCAAUGGGCCGCACGAGCUGCAGAGUAUAAGAGGAGGAGGCUGCGGGUUCGAAGGUACUCUGCUCCCUUUCGGAUUUACUCUCCGUGCAAACUCUCUACAGCUCUCCCUUUUGCGGAAUAUCUCCACCGUCUUCAUCAUGACUUUCGAGGAAGUUCUGAUCCAGAAGCCCGCCGAGCGUGCUCAGUGCACCGGCACAGCGCUGGAGGAGGUCCUGGAGUCUGCUAAAGACAACGACUCCCUCACCGUGGGCGUCUACGAGUGCGCUAAAGUGAUGAACCUUGACCCGGACAGCGUGUCUUUCUGCGUCCUGGCCGUGGAUGAGGAGUUUGAGUGUGACAUCGCUCUGCAGAUCCACUUCACCCUCAUCCAGUCCUUCUGCUUCGACAACGACAUCAGCAUCGUCAGAGUGAGCGACAUGCAGCGUCUGGCCGAGAUCGUUGGCGACAAGGCGGGCCAGCUCGAAGACGCCCACUGCGUCCUCAUCACGAACCCAGCUGAAGGUUCCUGGGAGGACCCUGCUCUGGAGAAGCUGCACCUGUUCUGUGAGGAGAGCCGCCGCCUGAACGACUGGGUUCCUGAGAUCAGCCUGCCCGGGCGUUGAUCUGGGACUCGGCUCCUCUCUUUGCUCAGUUGCUGUAAAGCAUCUUAUCUGGAAAUACUCAUCCUUCUGAACAGGAUGACCCUGUUUCUUCUCAUCCCUGGAUACUCCUGAGGAGGAUUCCCGUCCAGGCAGCGCGGCGCCGGCCCGAGGGGCCCCCCGCGAACCGUCGCCUCUUGUCCCGUCCAUGCCAAGAUGACUCUCAUUCUUUAUGUGAAUGAGGUCAGGUAUGCCACAAGAGCGACACAUCGACCCUCAUUCUUUGUGCGGAUGAGGUUUGGAGAGGAAGGAGAAGCGAAUUCUGCGUCCUGUGGUCCCACAGAGCAAAUGUCGCACCUUGAAGCACGCGCAGCAGGAGAAGAAGCGGUGCUGAGAAAGAGGCGUUCUUAAAAAGGGACUUUUUAUAGACGUCCUCUUCGCUGAGCAGCAUGACAACAGCUGCAGUCAGCGCGAAUGUUUCCCACUUUCCAGAAUUGUCUUAAUUCUCUAAAGGUUUCACUUUAGAAAUUUAAUGAUGACAAAAAUAUUCUUAGAUAUAAAAAAAAUAAUAAUAAAAAAAAAAAGAAGUCUGUUCUCUAAAGAUUUUACUUUAGAAAAUGACGGAAUUAAGCUAAUGUUAAAAAAAAAAGAUGAGAAUUUGUAAGAUUUUCUUAUAAACGUUUCAUUAUAUACUGAAAAAAAACGAAUGUUAAAAAUGAAAAUAUCUGACUUGAGAUGUGAUGAUGUUGUGAUCCUCAUGGAACUAUGUUGGAAACAAAUUAAUUUAUACCAUGAUGACUUUCACGUUAGAAAUUGUUGGAAUCAAGUGGAAAAAGACUAAUAAUAAAAAACACAAACCUGAUAUUUUUUGUUGUGGCUUG